AUGUUGUCCGGCGUCCUCGUCUUCAACCAAAAGGGCGAGAACCUAAUCUUCCGUGCCUUCCGAAACGACUGUCGUCCUCGUCUCGCAGACGUCUUUCGUAUUCAGGUCAUCUCCAACGCUCAAGUUCGAUCGCCCAUCCUCACCCUUGGAAGCACCACCUUUAGCCAUGUCAAGCACGAGAACAUUUACCUGGUUGCCAUCACAAAGAGCAACGCCAAUGCUGCUCUUGUCUUUGAGUUUCUCUACCGGCUGAUUCAGCUUGGUAAGGGUUACUUUGGCAAGUUUGAUGAGGAAGCUGUCAAGAAUAACUUUGUCUUGGUCUAUGAGCUGCUCGACGAAAUCAUCGACUUCGGAUACCCUCAAAACACAGAAACCGACACCCUCAAGAUGUAUAUCACUACCGAAGGCGUCAAGUCCGAGUCCCGAAAAGAAGACACAUCCAAGAUCACGAUGCAAGCCACCGGUGCCCUCUCCUGGCGCAAGGCAGACGUAAAGUACCGUAAGAACGAGGCUUUCGUCGACGUGAUCGAGGAUGUCAACCUGCUCAUGUCCGCCACUGGCGCUGUCCUGCGCGCAGACGUGACGGGUCAGAUUAUUAUGCGCGCUUACCUCUCCGGCACUCCCGAGUGCAAGUUUGGUCUCAACGAUCGUCUACUUCUCGAUAACGACGGCCUUCUGAGCCUGCCGAGCGGAAACAAGAUGGGAACUAAGGCUACAAAGGCGGCUGCUGGAAGUGUCACUCUCGAAGACUGUCAGUUCCAUCAGUGCGUCAAGCUCGGCAAGUUUGACGCCGAUCGAAUUAUUAGCUUUGUGCCCCCUGACGGUGAAUUCGAGCUGAUGCGAUACCGUGCCACCGAGAACGUCAAUUUGCCCUUCAAAGUGCAUGCCAUCGUGAACGAGGUCGGACGAUCCAAGGUGGAAUACAGCAUUGGUGUCAAGGCCAACUUUGGCUCCAAGCUAUUCGCGACAAACGUUAUCGUUAAGAUCCCUACACCGCUCAAUACCGCGAAGAUUACCGAGCGCUGUACGCAGGGCAAGGCCAAGUACGAACCUAGCGAGAACGUUAUCAUCUGGAAGAUUGGCCGCUUCACGGGUCAAAGUGAAUACGUCCUCAGCGCCGAGGCUAUCCUGACGAGCAUGACGGAGCAGCGCGCGUGGAGCCGACCACCGCUGAGCAUGAACUUUAGCUUGCUCAUGUUUACAAGUUCCGGACUGUUGGUGCGCUAUCUUAAGGUGUUUGAGAAGAGUAAUUAUUCGAGCGUCAAGUGGGUGCGAUACAUGACGAGGGCAGGAUCAUAUGAAAUAAGAUUUUAA